AUGUCCACCGCUGUCGCCAGCGCGAGGACGUCGCUGAGGCACUACGCCUCGCUCUUUCUGACGUUGGACAGCGCGAAAUCGGCACUGUUCUACUAUGUUCUCCUGACCCAGGUGAUCAAGGCCCAAAGGCACCUACGGGCAAGAGGCUUGACCACGACGGCAAAGGAGCUGUAUAGUUGGGUGUCGCAGCAAAUCGUUCGUCUUGUCCUGAGCACUCCUGCGAUGAAGAAGAAGGUGGCUUCCCAAAUGGACCAAGCUAAGCUCGACAUCGAGAACCGUCUGGUCCCCAAAGGCCCCAAUGUUGUUCGCCACUUGGCUCUCCCAUCCGAAGGAAAAUCUACGGAGUGGAUUUUGAAAGAGAUGGAAGUAAUGGACGGCGAAAUGGGUGGGCCAACCGACACCUGGAGGCAGGGCAAGCUUUCUGGUGCCGUUUAUCAUGGUGGCGACGAACUUUCUAAGCUCAUCGUCGAUGCCUACUCUCGCUACUGCGUUUCGAAUCCACUGCACCCUGAGGUCUUCCCUGCGGUUCGCAAGAUGGAGGCGGAGAUUGUCGCUAUGGUCCUCAAGAUGUAUCACGGGCCACCAAGCUCUGCAGGUGUUAUGACCUCUGGAGGGACCGAGAGUAUUAUCAUGGCAGUCAAAACCUACCGCGACUGGGCGAGAGCCGUCAAGGGCAUCACAGAACCCGAAAUGAUUGUGCCAGAGACUGGCCACGCUGCAUUCGACAAGGGUGCUGCCUACCUCGGUAUCAAGGUCCACACCAUCCCCCUUGAUGCCUACACGCGUCAGGUCGAUCUUAAGCGCGUCAAGCGCGCUAUCAACGCCAACACCAUUUUGCUCGUCGGGUCGUCUGUCAACUUCCCAGACGGAAACCAGGAUAACAUAACAGCUCUCGGUGUGCUCGCGAAGAAGUACAAGAUCGGUCUGCACGUCGACUGUUGUCUGGGGUCUUUCAUCGUUCCUUUCCUCGAGCCCGCAGGGCUCUCGAAAGGCAGUGAUAAAGGCAGAUACCGCCUCCAACCAUUCGACUUCUCAGUCGAUGGCGUUACAAGUAUCAGUUGCGAUACCCACAAAUAUGGAUUUGCGCCGAAGGGCACGUCCGUCAUUAUGUACAGGACCGCGGACCUACGACAAUACCAGUACUAUGUCAACCCUUCCUGGAUAGGUGGCGUCUACGCCAGCCCGAGUAUUUCUGGAUCCCGACCUGGUGCCCUGAUUGCGGGCUGCUGGGCAGUCAUGCAGUACAUGGGUACAGACGGCUACCUAAAUUCAUGCCGUGAGAUUGUCGGCGCCGCACGCGCUAUCGCCGAUGCCAUCACUGACGACAUCCCCGAGCUUUACGUCCUCGGUAACCCCCCUGCGUCUGUCGUCGCCUUUGCUAGCAAGCACCCCAAGGUGGACGCUCUGGAGGUCGGGGACGCCAUGGCCAAGCUCGGCUGGCACCUGAAUGGACUGAGUUCUCCUAAGAGCGUACACAUAGCCUGCACCCGCCUUACCGUCCCAGUGGUUGACCAAUUCAUCGCCGACCUUAAAGACUCUGUGCGUGUAGCCAAGUUGUCCCCGACUGGCAAGGGCUCCAUGGUCUCCGUAUACGGCCUCGGGAACUCUAGCGCUGUCGGCCCAGAGAUGGUUGGGCAACUCGCCUCUGCGUUCCUGGAUGCUCUUUACAAGGCUUAG